AUGUCUGGACGAGGAAAGGGUGGCAAGGGUCUCGGCAAGGGNGGUGCCAAGCGACACCGCAAGAUCUUGCGUGACAACAUCCAGGGUAUCACCAAGCCUGCAAUCCGACGUCUCGCCCGUCGUGGCGGCGUCAAGCGAAUCUCGGGUCUGAUCUACGAAGAGACCCGAGGAGUGCUCAAGAUCUUCCUGGAAUCUGUCGUCAGAGACUCGGUCACGUUCUGUGAGCACAGCAAGCGCAAGACGGUCACAUCGCUCGAUGUCGUCUACGCGCUCAAGCGACAAGGUAGAACACUCUACGGGUAUGAUGCGGACGGGCUGCAUCAUCGUGGCGAUCAGUCAUUUGCAUGA